AUGGUGGACAUCACGGAGUUCUUUGGCAAGGAUCAGUCCUCCAAAAGGUCCGUUGGCCAACGAUCUGUAAAUAAGCGAGUUUCAGCUCGUUCAUCGAAGCAUAACUCACAGCAACAAGUAGACGUGAUCAAAAUUGAUGACGAUGAUGCAGAUUUAGAUUUGGCUUCGAAUCUUCAACAUGACGAACCCUUGGAAAUGAUUGAAAAGCCUCCUCAAGCUAUGAAGACGGCUAACACGAGAAUUAGCGCUCCAAAGAAGAACCCUGUCGAAAAAACGACUGGCACUAAUAAGGGGAUCAAGAGACAAGAAGAAGCCGAAGCAACAAGUAAAUCCAGUGGGCCAAAACUAUCAGCAGAAGAUGUUUUGGCAUCAAUUCCAGGUGUAGACCUUUCAGAGGUCCAUGUUAAAGAAAAUGUAGGUUUUGAUUUCCGUGCGAAGCCUCAAGAAAAUGCAUCUGCCGAUUUGGAAAGCAUUGAUAUUCCUGAGGGCGAACCAAAUUGUCUUCUGGGACUUACAAUUGUUUUUACUGGGGUUUUACCUAGUCUGGAGCGUGGUGCUGCCGAAGCUGUAGCUAAAAGGUAUGGAGCCAGGGUCACGAAGUCCAUUUCAAGCAAAACCUCUGUUGUGGUGCUUGGAGAUGAAGCUGGCCCUAAAAAGAUCGAGAAGAUCAAGCAAUUGAACAUUAAAGCUAUUGAUGAAGAUGGGUUUAAGGCUCUAAUCAGUGGGAUGCCAAAAGAAGGCGGUGAUGGCGCUAGAGCUCAGCGAGAACUUAAAAAACUGAAAGAUCAAGAGGCUCAAGCAAAAUCAGAUGCUGCUGAAAUGAUUAGACAAGAUAAUGAGCGCUUGGAAAAAUUAAAAUCAACAGCACCGGAGAAUAACUCAGGGAAUAAACGAGUAUUGGCAGCUGGAGAUUUGUUAUGGACUACAAAAUAUGCACCUAGCAGUCUACAACAAAUAUGUGGUAACAAAACGAGUGUGACCAAAUUGAAAAACUGGUUAGCAAAUUGGCGUAACGCUCAAAAAAAUGGAUUUAAAGUCGCUGGAAAAGAUGGCUCGGGCGUGUUUAGGGCAGCCAUGCUCUAUGGGCCUCCAGGCAUUGGUAAAACCACAGCAGCGCAGCUUGUUGCAAGAGAGUUAGGAUUUGAUGUCUUGGAGCAAAAUGCAUCAGAUGUACGCUCUAAGUCGUUGUUAGAUGCCACUGUUAAAAAUGCUCUGGAUAACACGUCUAUCGUUGGACUUUUCAAGCACAAGCAGGAUACCAACGCGAACGGCCGAAAAUUCGUAAUAAUAAUGGACGAAGUUGACGGAAUGAGCGGUGGUGACCGAGGUGGUGUUGGUAAAAUGGCCCAAUUUUGUCGCACGACCUCGAUGCCAAUGAUUUUGAUUUGCAACGAACGGAACUUACCCAAGAUGCGACCCUUUGAUAGAACAUGUCUUGAUAUUCAGUUUCGCCGGCCUGAUGCCAACAGUAUCAAAGCAAGGUUGAUGACUAUCGCCGUGAGAGAAAAAUUUAAAUUGGACCCCAACGUCGUCGACCGCUUGGUUCAGGCAACCCGUGGAGAUAUAAGACAAAUGAUUAAUUUGUUUUCCACAAUUUCGACAACCACGAAGCAUAUCGGGCACGACAACGCUCAGGAAAUAGCAAGGGCCUGGGAAAAAAACAUUGCUUUGAAACCCUUUGACAUAACGCACAAGCUUUUCGAUGGCAGACACUAUUCCGAGAUUGGGGCGAGACAGUUCCCUCUUUACAAGAAGAUGGAGUUGUAUUUUGACGACUUUGACUUUACUCCACUUAUGGUUCAAGAGAAUUAUCUAAGUACCAAGCCCUCAGUUCUUGGUCCUGAGGAGACACACCUGCAGGCAGUCUGUGAGGCCGCGGAUUGUAUUUCAGAAGGAGACCUCGUUGAACGGAAAAUUAGAAGCAGCGAGCAACUGUGGAGUCUUUUACCAUUUCAUGCUAUCAUGUCUGCGGUCCGGCCAUCGUCAAUGAUCGCGGGUCACAUAACAGGUCGAAUAAACUUUACGGCAUGGUUAGGUCAAAAUUCGAAGAUGGGCAAGUACUAUAGGCUUUUACAAGAGCUCCAAUAUCAUACUCGCCUCACAACCUCGACAAACAAAAUUGGUUUGCGUCUCGAAUAUAUGUCAACGUUAAAGCGAAGGCUCCUGGAUCCAUUAGUAAAGCAGGGAAGCGAUGGUAUUUCUGGCGUCAUAGAGCUAAUGGAUGACUACUAUUUAUCAAAGGAAGACUGGGACUCUGUUAUGGAUUUCAUGAUAGGCAGUGACAAGACGGAUAUGAUAAUAAAGAAAAUACCAACUGCAGUUAAGAGUGGUUUCACUAGAAGCUACAACGCUUCGACGCACCCUGUUGCCAUAUACAGAACUGGAUCAACCACAUCGAUAGGGGGCAAAUCAAAAGCAACGCCAGAUUUUGAAGACGUUGUUGAUGCAGACGAUGAAUUACCUCCUGCGGACGAAGAGCCCAAGGAGGAUACGGACUUUAAAAAAGACAAACUCAUCAAGCAGGGUAGACCCAAGACUGCAAAAAAAAGAGCAGCUUCGGCAACGAAAAAAGCCCCAGCCAAGAAGAGAAAAGCGUAA